AUGUCAAUCCUAAACUCGAUUCUCGACGUGUUCUCGUCUUUUAUGGGCUGUUGUAUACCUAGCUCUAACCUCAGUAUCAAUGGAAGAGCGUAUCGCAUAAUUAAACUACUAGGAGAGGGUGGGUUCUCAUUUGUCUAUCUGGCUCAAGACGGGUCUGGUAAUCAGUAUGCCAUGAAAAAAAUUCGAUGCACGUUGGGCACAGAAGAAGCAGACUUGGCACAAAGAGAAGUGGAUAUUUACCAGCUUUUCAAUCAUAAAAACAUCAUCAAAAUGGUGGACUCCAGCACAAUCACUGAGUCUGAUGGCAGCAAGACUAUCUACAUCUUCUUGCCCUACUACAAAAGAGGAAAUCUGCAAGACGCCAUCAACAAAAACAAUAUGAACAAGACUCAUUUCCCAGAAACUGACAUGCUUCGUAUGUUUAGAGAGGUUUGUGUGGCAGUGGAGGCUUUACACACAUAUAAAGCACAAGGCGGGGCCAGAGUAUUGUAUGCACCGAGCCAAGUGAUAUCACCCGAGGAUGAAAACAGACAAGACGAAGCUUUACUGAGUCAUACACAAGAUCAACCCUCAGGCGGGCAACUAGAAACUGGUAAAAGAGGCGAGAAGGUACCAUGGGCGCAUAGAGAUAUCAAACCUGGCAACGUUUUGAUUUCGGACGACGGCGAAACACCUAUACUCAUGGAUUUCGGAUCUGCGUGUGCUGCUAGAAUUCAAGUGAACACAAGACAAGAGGCAUUACAGCAGCAAGAUCUCGCUGCUGAACAAUGCACCAUGCCAUACAGAGCACCAGAAUUAUUUGAUGUCAAAACAGGCACCACACUAGACGAGAAAGUGGAUAUUUGGUCAUUGGGAUGUACAUUAUACGCUAUGGCAUAUGGACAAUCACCAUUCGAAGUGAAUAUGGAUCAAGGUGGUUCUGUCGCAUUAGCAGUGUUGAAUAAUCAGUACAAGAUCCCCGAGGAUUCAAAUUACUCAAAAGACUUGAAUGACACAAUCCAAUGGAUGUUGACAGCGAAUCCAGCUACAAGACCUUCUAUUCAACAAGUCAUUGCCAAAUUAGACGAUUUGCUGAAAAAGAGUUCAAAUGAAUAA